AUGACGGGGUGUAUGUUUGCGUGUGAUAUGGACGCGUUUUCUUUUUUUGCGCGAAGUGAAGAGAAAGGGGGCACAGAAUGCAUGUCAAAAGGAAGUUAUCGAAGUCCCCUCGUGUUGGCUUCUGGGGUAGGGAAAUGUGGAAUGAUAUACCCCGACUCCGAAUGCCUCAUUGCGGAUGCGUUUCAGUUUUGUGACAAACCGGGAAAACAGGCAGAAGUGAUGAAUGCGGGUGAAUGCGGUCAAAUAAACACUGGAGGAGAGAUGAUUUUGAAACCGUGGGCAAAUCUACAGGAGUUGAUUCCCCCACCGACUGUGCGCCUCUCCCGCCAAUUGCUUGGCCGAGGCCGGCAAGCUGCAGUGUGGCUCUGCGAGGACACCAGGCGUUCCGGGGUAUACUAUGCGGUGAAGACGAUUGAGAUGCCAUUCUCGACAUCUAUUCCCGUGCACCAGAUAGUCAAAAUGCUGAACCGCGCCCCCGAUAGCCGGAUGAAUUUGCCCUACACCACAUCUCCUCAGAAAAUUGUAAUGGAGGUCGGUCUUGAGGAGGAGGCACGCCUUAUGCAGGGACUUCGUCACUCCGGUCUUGUACA